AUGCCGUCCCGGCUGUCUUCGGACGCCCCCUCCAUGGUCCUGCGCCCUAACCUGACGGGGGACGGCGUACUCAGCCCGGGCACCCGCAACGCGAUGAAUGAUGACGACAUCGUCCUCACGGCGCUCUUCGCCGCCCUCCCGGCCGGGGCCGCCGCGAUCUCCGUGAAGUCCCUCCACGCCCAGCUCGACGUUGAGAUUCAGGAAGCGGUGAGCGAGAGGUCCGGCGGGCUCGGGGCCUUUCUCCGCGCGCGGCGGCACCUCUUCGUGGUGCGGGAAAGACCCACGGACGGGGUCCUUUUCGUCGCCGCCAGCCCCCUCGCCAUCCAGCGCUACGCCGUGCGCAACAUCCAGCGCGAGACAAUGCAGUCCAUCCUCGGUCUGGAUUCCCGCAACGACGGACCUUAUGAAAGGGGAAGAGGACGGGGACGAGGACAGGGACGCGGACGCGGACGCGGACGCGGCGAUUCACGAGGACGUUCUGAUCCGCGCGAACGCGAACACGAACGCGGUGGGCGAGAAAGGGGAAGGUUCAGCCGUGAACAAGGGGGCGGAAUGGGCUCACGGGGUCGAUCAUUUGGAUCAGCAAGGUUCUAA